AUGGUUGGUAAAGUUAUUAUUGUCACAGGUGUCUCCAGAGGUAUCGGUAGAUCCAUUGUGGAAACCAUUUUAAAGUUGGCUCCAAAGACCGUUGUGUACGGUAUUGCUAGAUCUGAGGCUCCUUUGAAAGAAUUGAAAGCUACGUAUGGAGACAACUUCUUCUACGUUGUUGGUGAUAUCACCGAUGAAUCAAAGUUGCAACAAUUGACAAACGAUGCCAUUACCCGUCACGGUAAGAUUGAUUCUGUUGUGGCUAACGCCGGUGUCUUAGAACCAGUGGCCCGUAUUCACGACGCUAACAUCUCUAAUUGGAGGAAACUUUACGACAUUAACUUCUUCAGUAUCGUCUCAUUGGUGAAGACUACUUUACCAUACGUAUCGAAGACCAAUGGUAACUAUGUGUUCGUUUCAUCUGAUGCUAGUACCAUGUAUUUCAGUAACUGGGGUGCUUAUGGUUCAAGUAAAGCUGCUUUGAACCAUUUGGCCUUGACUAUUGCUAAUGAGGAAAAAACUGUCAAAUGUUUGUCUGUAGCCCCAGGUAUUGUCGAUACAUCCAUGCAAGUCAAUAUUAGAGAAAAUGUUGGUGCUAACAUGUCCAAAGAACAUCAUGAAAUGUUUAAGGACUUAAAAGCCUCCAACAAACUAUUGGACUCUAACAUUCCAGCCACUGUUUACUCCAAGUUGGCCCUAAAUGGUAUCCCAGAAGCUAUCAACGGUACAUAUAUCAGUUUUGAUGCUCCAGAAUUAAAGGACUACCAAAUUUAA